GCGUAAUGAGUGCUAAAGUGUUCAAAGUGAAAGCACUGUAUGCCUUCUUAGCUUCGCAUCCUGACGAUCUCGCGUUCAAUGAAGGCGAAGUGCUCACUGUUACAAAUGGUGACUACGCCGAAGGAUGGUUCUAUGGGAGAAACGCGGCUGGCAAAAAUGGAAUGAUUCCUAGUGCUUAUGUAGAUCCUCUUCCACCUUCAAUGCCACCGCCUCCCUUGCCAGGAAAUGUCAAAUCGGAGUAUUAUAAUAACAAUACUCCAUCCUAUGAAAACAACCAGCCCAAUGCCGCAACGUCUUACGAGAAUUCUCAGAUCGGGAAUGGGAUCUCAUAUCAGAACACAAGGGUACCGGAAAACAUAGCUCCACCCCUGUCAAAUGGAGGCGGGAAUUCAUACGCCAAUCAAGAAAUUAAUUAUAACAAUCUUCAAAGUUUUGACAUGGACGAUGCAGGUGGAACAAUUGACGAUGACUGGGACGAAGACUGGGACAGUGACGAAGAUAGCUCAACUGUUGCUGGAUCAACAGUCAUGGGAAGUGCAACGGGUAGUAGAAGCCAGUCUACAAUGGGUCCACCUCGGACACUGGAGACAAGAGAUGGAAACUCAGUUGAUCUAAGGGCUCGAUCAACGUCUGCCUCCGACGAUCUACCCACGCCAACUGAUAGAGGGCCAAGUAGAACAGGAAUGUCCCGCUCAUCUGGGAGUUCAAAAGCAAUGGAUUACAUCAUGGGAAAUUUAAAACUAAACUCUGAGCCAACAGAAACCAUCAAUAUUACUACAACAACUGCUGGACCAUAUUGGGAGGCGUGUCCACCAGACAAGCUAGUAAAAUGUCUGCUUUCCGAUCCUACUAAACAGUCUAAACUAAAAGGCAUGAAGAAAUUCUUAGCUUACCAGUUGACAAGCUCAAUGGGACCAGGCACAAAAAAUAGUGGCACAGUAGUCGUACAGAGACGAUUCAAGCACUUCGAUUGGCUGCACGAUAGAUUGCGCGAGAGGUACCCAAUCGUGUGUAUUCCGCCCCUACCCGACAAGCAAGUCACAGGCAAAUACGAAUCAGAGUUUGUCAACAAGCGAAUGUUUAGGCUGCAACAUUGGAUGAAUCGAAUGUCGAGGCACCCGGUUAUUGGGCGCAGUCAGGUGUACAGACACUUCAUAUCAGAGAUGGACUCCAACAGGUGGAAAGAUGGCAAAAGGAGGGCAGAGAAAGACGACUUCCGGGAGUCUGCAUUCUUCUUGACCCUCAAAAUACCAAGUGAACCUUUGGACUUGACCGCAAUCAGCGGAAAAAUUGACAGAUUCACAAACUUUGCUCUGACUCUAAGGGAUAAAUUGAAGCUUUUAAAUGGACGCAGCAGAGAACAGGCGAAAUUGCACCACACAGUUCAUAAGCAGAGCUUCUGCAAGAUGGGAAAUGCUCUCAAAGAGAUAAGCGAAACCCUAACAGUCGACACACGCCAGUCAAAUGUCGCUCUAACAAAGGCAAUAGAGUUCGCUGGCGAGACUUACGAAGAGAUUGGAAAAUUAUACGACACACAGCCGUCCAAUGACUUGAUUCCCCUCUGCGAGUCUCUGCACGAGUAUGCGGGCAUCAUUUCACACCUGCCAGAGUUAAGGGGUCUGCACCAGGGGGCUAUGAACAAAGUGAAGUACUUGCAGGACCAGGAGGAACUGGGUCGAGUGGAAACGGAGCAGGUGCAACAAGUGCAAGACAGGACAACCGUGGUAACUUAUUCGGUGUUGGCCGAGAUGAACAACUUCCAGUCAGAUCGGGACGUGGACUUCUCGGAUAUGAUGCGAGAUUACUUACAGCAGCAGCUCAUAUUCUACAAUAACAUUACACAAAGGAUACAGUUGGCCCUGGAGAGGUUCGACAGCACAACAAGACCACCGGCUCAAAACAAUCCUGCAGCUGGCAUGUUUAGGUAGAGAUAAUUAAAAUUAAAACUUAUACACGCUGAGUGCUUCGCUGUUACCCACUGAUAGCAAAGUUUCUGUCUGAAUUUGUAAAUUUCCCAACAAUUAUAAUGCUUCGUAAUCUCAAUUCUUUGUCUCAAACGUUGUUAAUUGCAGUAGUUUAGUUUCUCGAUAUUUAAAAUUUCAUGGACUAGAACGCACUAUAAAAUCAUUCUUUGCAAUGCUCAAAACGAAGUUUCUCCAUUGUUUGAAAACUAGUUAGCACUCAUGUCGUAAACGUCAGGUGUUUCGGUUCGAAUCGAAACGUUUCUCCCGUUCUAUUGCUCUUCUUCUAUCUAUGUACAUUUGUUUCCCUAGUGUACCUAAAGUAGUUGGAUUUAAUGCAUACACCGGUGCUUCGAACGAAUUAACACUGUUUCAAUUCAAUAUUGAUUUUUAUUCGCUAAUUUUGUAAAUUAAAUUGACCAUUUAUUGGAAUUUAAAUCAAAUAAAUUAAA